CAUCAAAAGGUACGUAAGAGUUUUUGCUGUGGGCUGCCUCUUCCCGAGAGUGUUGUGUUCGUGUGGACCGUUACCUGCCACUGUAAAUGGCGUCAGACAAAAUACUUUCGGAUGUCGAUGGAGGUCUUCUUCCAACGCUGUCUGACCUGACUACGCUGUCCACCAAACUGGGGCUUCAAUGGACGGACGAGGAGCUUGCCGUGUUGGAAGAAAUGCACAAGGACGUCGUGCGGUGUCUGCGUCGGGUGGAAGACGUGUACCCCACUGCUGCCACCCCCGCUUCUGACCGCUAUCCCCGAAACCCGGGCUUCAAGCCAUCCCCCGAAGAGAAUCCCUACAACGGAUGGGCCUGGAGAUGCGACAUUCACGGAGCAGCAGAAGGCAAGCUGGCUGGAAGAACGGUUGGCAUCAAAGACAACAUUGCCGUAGCCGGUAUCCCCAUGAGUGUAGGCACUGCAAUGCUGAGGGAAUACCUGCCUGACUUUGAUGCCACAGUGGUCACUCGUAUUCUGGACGCUGGAGGGCGAAUUAUGGGCAAGACGACGACAGAGGCGAUGUGCCUGAGCGGUAGUUCCGUCACGAGCUGCGACGGGCCCGUCACCAACCCUUGGGAUGUCGCUCGCAUCGCAGGCGGCUCCAGCAGCGGGAGCGCCGCUUUGGUGGCAGGUGGCAUUGUGGAUAUGGCACUGGGCGGCGAUCAAGGAGGUUCAGUUCGAAUCCCCGCAAGUUGUACGGGUAUAGUGGGGAUGAAACCUACCUUUGGUCUCAUACCCUACACAGGCGCCAUGGCGAUAGACACGUCACUGGAUCAUAUCGGUGUCAUGGCAACAAGUGUUCGCGACUGCGCACUCCUGCUAGAGGUAACAGCUGGAUAUGACAAGGGGAGAGACACCAGGCAGAAAGUUUUAGCUACCGUCCCACAGUUCUCCACCUUGCUGGAAGCAAGCCUUUACGGGAGGAAAGCAGCACUGCUCAAGGAGGGAUUUGAUAACUGUGAGGAGGAGGACGUUAAAGAUCUCGUCGAGAAAGUUGCUGCACAGCUGCAUCAUGUCGGAGUCUCUGUUACCGAGGCGUCUGUUCCGCUGCACCAAGAAAGUGCGGGUAUGUACACAGCAACUUGUCUUCAAGGAGCAUACUACACCAUGUUGAAAGGAGGCGGUGCUGGGUACUGCGACGGAGGUUAUCAUCCUGUGUCCUUGCAAGAAGCCAUGUUCAGAGGCCUGAACUCUGACCUAGAGAAGCUGCCAACUGUUGUCAAGCGAUACCUCAUCUUUGGGGAGUUCUUGGAGAGGUCCAUCGGGCCAAGCCUCCGCGGGAAGGGACGCAACCUCAUCCUGGCUCUGGCCGAUGCCUACGACUCCCUGCUGCAGGAGGUGGAUGUGCUGAUCAUGCCUACGCUGCCUCGCAAAGCUGCGAAAAUCCCGCCACCCGGAACACCCUUGCAGGACAUCUAUCGUCACACGAAUUCGUGGAGCGCCAACACUCGGUCCUUCAACCUGACUGGUCACCCGGCCAUCAGCGUGCCUGUGGGCCGGUGUGUGGGACCAGUGACGACCAGGUCCUGCAACAUGGGUGAUGACCAACUUCCGGUGGGACUGAUGGUCGUGGGACGUCGCUACGAGGAUUUAACCGUCUUACAAGUGGCCCACGCGCUUGAGAAAUUGAAUCGAGAACUGAAUGACAGUGCAAUGGCAGCAAGCGCCACCCGUUAGACUUGUUCACUUCUUGUAAAGAUUACGCAUAUGCAAGUAUUUUGGUAGGUAUGUAUGACACACACAUUUUUUCAAGCAAUGGAUAUUGCAGGUCCUGUUUACAGUAAAGAGUGAGGAGAAACACUUAUCCUAACAAGUGGACGGAUUGCUGUUAUUUUUUAAUGUAAGUUUCAAAGAGCAAUUUUGAAAAUCUGGUUUUAGACCACCGCUUGCACAGAAAAAAAACCAACCAGUCAUAAAUUGUGAUAUUUAAUGAAAAGUAAUUGAAUGCAAAUAAUACUGGAACAAUAUUUUCUCACAUUUAUACAAGAUUUCUCAUUACAAAAAUAAAAGAAGAAAAAGCAGGCUUUAUUAAAACCAUCAAUACAAACUUCAAGCCAGUAGCAUCGAAA